CUCGUGUGUAUGUAUGUAGUAUAACCAUAUAGUGUAUGCAGUCAAACUGUUGCUAAUGUACCGUAAUCGCUGUUCCGGUACUGAUGGGACUUCUCACGACGUAUACAAUCGUAUAUUGGCCCAAAAGUGUUCUAUGUCAAUGAGCUCGGCCAACAAUCAGUUCCCCUAAAGCAGCGAUUCACGGCAGAAAGUUUCAGUUAAAGGAUACUGUGUAGUUGGGGUGAUAGUAUAGACACACAAAUGGUAAAUUUCGGACGGAAGAUAGGAGUACACACACACUACACACAUAUGCAUUAUUGCAUAUCCAUAUUGUAAUCUAACUUCUCACCGAUAAAUUUACCAUUCUACAGCAUCGAUGCAAACGUGUAGACAAGCAUCCACAAUAUUGCUCAUACACAGCGUGAUUUUAGCAAGCUAGACACGUGUCGACACACAACAUGUCGGGAUCCGAUGCGAGCGGCUUUCCCACAGCACCACCCACAAUCCCUAUCAAGGUGAUCAGCACUGAGCAACAAGUAGAGGAGUGGAAGACCACAUCAGCACAUAGCACCAUACUAGGGUUCAUACACUUUCUCGGCAACGCAGUCAAGGGCCAGCGUGUCGGGGACUGUCCUCCUCCGAGUGCC